CCUUCGCUAUGCUUUACUCGUAGCGAUUACCAACAAAGAUUUAAUUAAAUUCCGGAGUUGUUAUUUAAAAAUGAUUAUUUUUCUGAAAUUCCUGUAAAAAUCGCUACAAUGUCGCAUAAUACCGAUUGGGACGUUGAAAAAUAUAGAGAGGAACAUGAAAGUGAAGAACAUUGGCAGUUAAGGAAGGCCUUCAUAGAGAGAUGGAAGGAAAACUAUUCGGAGGAAAGAUUAAUAUGUCUAGCGCAAGUAUUUGCCAAUAUAGAGUUUAUGGGGUGCAGAUAUCCUAUAGAAACUAUGAAGGAAGUAGCAGCACUAUCAAAAGAGGUAGCCAUCAACUACAGAAAACAAAAGAAAACAAAACUACAAAGAACAUUUGUAUCCGCAUCUGACGCAGCAGAAGAUCGCGCGAAAGGCAUUAAAAGAGAAGGUGGAGUUAUCAAAGACUCCCCACCGGCUAAAUCUAAAAAGAUCGAAUUUGUACCACAAGGACAAAGUGUCGUAACCACUGAACAAGACUCCGAUGAUAAUGAUGAUGAGAAAUGUGUAGAACAAAAUGAUGAUGAUGAUGAUGAAAAGCAUACAGAACAGAAUGAUGAUAUAAAAAGUGAAGUAAAUACUAGCACGAUUGAUAAGAAUGCACGGUUUAACAAUUAUAGAGAAGAAAUGGGGAAAAUACAGUGUGUUGAUGUGGGUAGUUUUAGAGAGAAUAUGUUCACAACUCCGUUUGGACGGUUUGUUCUCUUGGUGCGGCCGUGGGCGUCUAAACAGACUAAUAUACAAGCCAGCGCGCAAGCAUGUCACCUAAUACUUGCGACACGAUACAAACCGCCGGUCUACUCGCUAACACUCAACGGAGUUUUAUUAGCGGAAGCCUCCGGUGAGAGCAGAGCGGAGGCGAGGUGCAUUGUGGAGACGCUGGCAUGGAAUAGAUUAACAGCAUGUUCAGUGAGCCUAAUGGUCAAGGAACAAUUCAGAGCGCACGGUGACAAGCAAAUAUCGAUUAGCGAUGUAUCAGGCAAGAGGGAGGAAUUUGGCACGCCGGUUGAAAAUAGUGUUGCUACCAAGAUGAUGAAACUCAUGGGAUGGAAGGGCGGAGGGCUGGGUGCAGACGCGCAGGGCAUAGAGGAACCGAUUAAGCCUAAUUUACAAAUGGUAAACCGCGCAGGCCUCGGCAGCACAGUAUCCGACAUACGUGCGCUACGUCGCGCGGGUUUCGAACUAAUGAACAGAUAUCUGGCCUCAGAUGCGUUGGAUGUGGAACUUGUGUUCAGUAGUGAAUUUGGGAAGGAAGAAAGGGCGGUGCUGCACCAGUGUGCGAAACGAGUGGGGCUCGGGUCGAGGAGCUAUGGGGAUAAGGACAGAUUUCUUGUGGUGCGAAAGAAAUUGGAUCCGUUUUCACUAGUUCGAGCUGUGGUGGAGAAAGGUGGAGACACUCCGAAAUAUCAAGUGUUCAUACCAACUACGUUAUCAAAUGGAAGAUGAGAAAUAAAUGAAUUAUAUUAA